AUGCUAAAUACAGAUUGGACAGAGAUAGAAGUAAUUGAAUUGCUAGUUGAUAAUGCAACACAUCUUGGAUUUGGUAUGUGUGGAAGUAAGAGCACCGGUGUAAUCGUUAGAUGCAUUACACCUGGUGGAGCAGCUGAACUGGACGGUCGUCUUCGACUUGGUGACCAUAUUGUCUGCAUUCAUGAUCAUAAUGUUCGAAGUUAUGGACCAGAUCAAGUGGCUACAGUUCUACGCCAAACUAUAUCAAAUUGUCUAUCUGAAGUUGUAUUAAAACAAGAUUCUUUGCAGACGGAUGAAACAUCCACAAAAACUAUGAAUAAAAAAUCUUCACUUAUCAGAACGCAGCCAUUAACAAACAGAACUUCAUCAACUUUUACUAAUACUAUUAAUAUACGAUCGGAAAAAUACACUUUAUCCCCAAGCCAAAUAGAUUCAAAUCAAAUUGAGUCUAAUGAAAUUCACGAGAUCAAUCAAAAACUAAUGAGCGACCCAACUGUUUUAAUUCGAAUGAUUGUAGCUCGUCCAGCUAAUGGUGAUCCUGUUGAUUUGAAUGAUAUCAGUUUAAAACAACAAGCUGUCUGUCAUCAACAUGGUGUUCUUGGAAUGCUGAUGAUUAUACCAACACAUCAAAUAGAUCAAUAUAUAGAUGUAUUACUACACAAGAAACUUCCACUUGUUGAUUUGUACAGUCUAUACAAAACAGAUCUGUUGAACAUCGAAAACAAUACUAAUAUUUAUAAAAAAAUAAAUUCAAAUGAAGUUGACUGUUCUGAAUUAUCAAAGUCAAUCGACUAUAAUGGAAGUGAGUUGAUAGAAAUGAAUAAAAUCAUUGAAUCUUCUCCAACUUCAUCGAAACAACAAGAACAAUAUGAUCUUGAUUUUCAGCAGUUUCGAGAGAUGAAACCGUGCUCGACACUUCAGGUUAUAACAAGUCCUCGAAAUUGCUCAGAAUCUGAUAUUGAAGAGGUUCACAAUAAUCUACCAAGUCGAGUUAAUGAAAAUGAUCGCUUAGAUAAUAAAUAUAAUGAAAAUUUAAAAAUCGAUUGCAACACAACAUUGAAUUAUCAAAACUACUCCACUGAUCAUCCUAUCUCAUCUUCUUUCAAUGAAUAUGUUCUUGAGAAUAUAAGUCAACAAGGCUUAUCAAUUCAUGUUAAUAAUAAACAAGAAAAUGGCGAUGAAGAGGCAGAAGAAACUGAAAUUCACACUGUACAAUUAACAAAAUCAAAGGAUCAAGGCUUAGGUCUAAGUGUAGUUGGAUAUAUUUAUAAAAAUCCAUAUGAUAAAAAUGCAUACAAUAAAGGAAUUUUUGUACAAAAGAUCACUCCCAACAGUAUAUCGGAUAAAUCAAAAUCAAUUCAAGUAAAUGAUCAAAUAAUCCAAGUAAAUGAAAUAUCUCUAAGUGGUCUAGAUAACAUAAAGGCCAUUUCAGUUUUGAAGAAGUCUGAUGCAAGUAUCACACUAAAAUUGAAACGCUACCUUUGUGGUUUCCUUUGUAAAGAACUAAAAAAAGCAGGUUCUUUCCAAAUAAGCAAUAAUGAACCACAAAAUCGAUUGGUAAAUCAUGAUGAAAUUUCAGACUCUGAUCUAAAUUCAGAUCAACCAUACUCAGUAGACAAUAAUGUAUUGAAGUAUAAUGUAAUCAACAGUGAAGCAAGUGAUUCAUCAAAUCAAUCAGCGGUUAGUAUAUUGUAUCAACACGAGGAUUAUCCAUUAAAUAAUACUAAUUUUGACCAAUCAAAUACAUUACACAUGGAAUUAACAGAAGAAUUCAUCGAUUCAUCAUGUACGUGUUUACAUGGUUAUGAAAGUAUAUUUUCAGAAGAAAAUGAAGUUAAGGAAAUGGUGUCACCACUGGCGAAUAAUAAAAAUAAUCAUGAUCAAUUAAGUCCAGUGGCUUUUUCUGACCAAUUAUUAAUUAAUAAAAAUUGUAAAUUAUUAAACCCAGCAAAGGUUAACUUAGUUGACAACAUAGAAUCAUUUAAACAACAAACACCCGUAACAAUGAUGGCAACCACAAUAAUAAAUAAACAGGAAUAUCAAGAUGUGAUUACCGAUCAAAAAGGUGAAGAAAUCACCAAACGUAUCUGUGGUGUUGGAAAUAAUGGGAUGUUGGUAAUCAGUAGGUUCACGCCUAAUUUUGACAUUGAAACUACAUCUAAACCGGAAACGAGCAAAAAUACAACAUCUAGAAAUAUCAGUGAUGUUUUGAUUCAGAUCAAUAAUAAUAAUACAGCCAUCGGAUCUAAAGAAAUAAUUGAUCAAAAUCGUCUUGGGAAAACGGAUCACAUCAAUUCAUCAAAUGAGGAACAAAUUAAAAUAAUAUACACAAAUCUAAAAGUUCGUUCUACAUACAAAUCAGAUAUGCAUAUCAAGAAGAGACUUCGCCGCUACAUAAGCAACAUUAUAAGCUUUACUAAUUCCCACACUCGAAACACGCUUCGUGAUCGAUCUGCUGAUUUUUAUGCAAAUGAAGUUACAGAUGAAUUGGUUGAUCUCAUGCGUAAAGUUUGGCUUCCGAUUGUUGGUCCUGGUUAUGAAAUCAUAGUUUUACAUAUUCAUAAAUCUCGCGGAACAUCAAAUUUGGGCAUAAGCAUUGAAGGUGUGACCUAUGUGGCAGAACCAGAUUUCGAUCAUGAAAAUUUAUCAUCUACAACGGUUACAACUAAUAGUCAGAUUGAAGAUAAAUCUAAUUCAAGUAGUAAACUGUUACCGAAUGGUAUGGCAAAAUCUGCUCAUCCAAAUGAUAUCAAGUAUAGUGAUAUGCCAUCACGCCAUUUCGUCCAAUAUAUUGUACCUGAUGGUCUGGUCGGUAGUUUGGGUGUUGUGCAAAAGGGUGAUGAGUUACUUCAGGCUAAUGGUCAUCGUAUACAUGGUACGACGCAUACUAGUACUCUUCGUUAUUUGCGCAAUUUACCAUCACGCAUUGAAUUAGUAUUUGCUCGUAAAAAAUCUACAUAUGAGAAUGGAGGUGAUGACGUGUUUAGUAUUACAGGCGGUAAGGAUCGGUUGAUUGAUGUCGCAGGGGAAUCACUACUUGAAGUAGCUGCUAGUGAAAUUGGUUCUGUAGAUACUGGUUCAUCUAUGAGAAUAGUGAAUGCUUACGAUAAUGUUGAUCGGUCAAUUUAUUCUAGUCCAGUAUCGCCGGCUACGGCCCAUAAACGUGUCACCGAAUGGAUUCGAAAAUCUCAAGGAGAUUUAAGUGCGACUAUUGACUAUUCGUCUUCACCUGAAUCUUCUGUAACUAAACAAACUAAUAAUAAAUCAGAAAGAUUCAAUUAUUGUGAUCUAAAACACCCCCUCAAUAAUUAUGUAAAUCCGAAUUACACUAGUAAAUUACAACAACAGUAUCCAGUAAAUACAAUGAAAAACAAUCGUAAAUAUUCAUUACCCAGUACAAUACAGCGGUCAGAGACACAAAUGCAUUCUAGGACUUUAGGGCGUUUACCAAUAUCAAGAUCUGGUAAAGUGUGUAUGGAAAAACAAUCUACUGAACAACACGAUCAUCGCCGUUGUCAAACUCUACCACAUUAUCAUCAUAAUCGACCAAAUCGUAUUGAUCCUCGUUACGGUUUUAAACGACCAUGUUGGUCUUCAGUGCCUUUAAUUAUUCAACUGAAUAAAACAUCCCAUGGUUUUGGAUUUAGUAUAGCUGAAUAUGAGGAACUACCUGUUACUGACUUAGAAGGCAGUACACUCCGUAAAGCUUCUUCACUUGAUAGAAGGAGUUCUAAUAUGAUUGAAUCUGAUCGUCGAUCAUUUCAUUCCUAUUAUUCUACCGGAUCUACCAUUGCAUCAUUAUCAUCGUUACCUGGUAAGAAUUCCAAAUCUUCCAGUAGAUUGAAACGAAGAUCCACGUGGUCUAGUCGCUCCAAAUCACACGGUAUCUUAUUAGUUGACAGUUUAACUCCAGGUGGUAUUGCACAGUUGGAUGGACGUAUAUCAAUCGGCGACAGGCUUGUAUUUGAGGCCGCUACUACACUAAAGUCCCUUCCUAAUGGACCAUGUUUAAUUGGUAUUGCAAAAAUGCAGUUAGAAUCAAAUGAAACAGAUGACAUUCAUGAAAAAAGCCAACAACAGUUACUAUUGCCAUACCCUGUUGUCUCUUCUAGACCUUCUGUGAUUGGCAUGUUUCCAGAUACUGGUGAAAUGAAAAAGAUCAGUGUUAAGUCUGAUCUAGUAUAUCCAUUACACGUAAACACUGGUGAUAGCACUAUCGAUAAUGACGAUAAUAAUACGAUUAUGAAUGGUCUCAAUGCAACUGGAACUGAAGAUUUGGCUUUAGAUUUUUACACACUACCAUUACUUUUUGACCCAACAUUAGAGAUAUCUGAGCGUUUGGAACGUGGAUCUUUACCGAUAGGUUUAAAGUUAGAUGCAUUAGCCUGUCAUGGACAAGAUGGUUGUCGUGUCGUGCAGGUUUUAGGUGGUGGGGCUGUAGCUCGUGAUCAAGUUCUUGUCACAAAUGAUUAUAUAACUAGUUUGAACGGUCUUUCUAUGCGUUAUUUAGACAAUUUAAAAGCAUUUGAAAUCUUACAUUCACUAUCGCAAAAUUCAGCUGUGAUUCACAUAACGUAUUUUCCUGCUUCCGUUAUUGAAUCUCAUCGAAUUAAAUGUUUAUCUAAAACAUUGAAUCAAACGAGUGAAAACUCUUUACAGAGAAGCUCUUUUCCAUAUUCGUCCAUUGUACAACCUAUAAAUUGGUCACCUCCUGUUGCAAUUGUACUUCAUCGUUUAGAUACUAGUCAACCCCUGGGUUUGGUUGUAUCUGGUUCUGAUAUUUGUUCAAAAUUGAAUUGUUCAGCACCAAUGAAUUUAGAAAAUCCAAGCAUUGUAUCCGAGAUAUUGCCUAAUAGCGUAGGAAAAAAUUGUAAAUUGCUUAGUCGUGGUCUAUUGAUCUUACAAAUUCAAGGUAUCGAUGUCUCCACCAAAGGUCCAAAUUAUGUCAAUGCUUAUCUGCAGUAUCUGUCGGAUCAGCCUGGUCUACGUGAAAUCCACAUAGUUGUGUGCCAUUUUAAUGAUGACUGUACAAAACAUAUUAUUAAUGGUGGUGUUGCUGAGAUGUUUAAGCCAGGCAAUCAAGUUAAUAUUACCAAUUAUACUACUACUACUGCUACUACUAAUAAUGAUAGUAAUAAUAAUAAUAAUAAUAAUAAUUUUACUGAUAAAAUGGAGUUAUCCAACUAUUUAAAUAUCUCCACACCUAUCAAUGGUCAACUAAUAUGUGAUCAUAUUGUCCACCCAGGGACAUCUCCAAGUUCCAGUGAUAUGGAAGAUCCUGAACCACUGACUGAUAUGGAGUCUCGUGAUGUGGUGGAUAUUUUAUCUAGAUCAGUGCCGUCGCCAGAUCCUAAUAAUUCUUCCGAUUCACAGCAUAAUACAUAUGGGAAAACUACUCUAUGUCCAUUAUCUCAACUUUCAUCGCCUAUUUUAAAAGAUGAGGAUAACGCUGUCAGUACUGAUGUUAUGUUUUCAACCUAUGAAAAAUCUGAUAAAAAAUCAAAACUACAAAAUGGCUGGGUUAGUGACAGUGUUUGUAGUUCUAGUUCUCCAUCAUUUCCUACACCUCCACUACCUCCUAGACGAUUGUCUACAACAUCUAAAGAACAAGAGGCGACUGGUUAUUUAAAACCUAUGGUAGUUAAUGAUUCAAAUGUAAAUGAAUUAAAUUUCUAUAGUCCUGUGAAAUUGUACACACGUGAUAGUCAAGAUGAGAUACUUGUUAUUCGUCUACCAUUACUAAUUAAUUCUUCAUCAAACUACACCCAUAAUGUUAACGAAGAAACGGGAAAUUUGGGUUUGCAUCUUGUAAGCUGUUCUAAUCCCGAGAGUAUGGCUACAUUUGUUGCAAGCUGUCAAACGGAUUCUAGUGGCGGUCUUGAGUGUGGAGAUGAAAUUGUACAGGUUGAAGACGUCAAUGUCUGUGGUUUAGAUCAUAUUUCCGUUCAACAGAUUAUCCAUUCAAAAAUUACCGAAUUAAUGUCGAAUAAGUAUUCAGUCAAUAACUCAAGUAAUAAUUAUUUUAUUGGUAAUGAAAAUAAUGGACAAGUGAGUGAUUCUGAUCAAUCAGUUAUCAAAUCUUUCAUUACACUAAUCAUAAGACGAAAUCCAAAAAAUCUGUCAUUGAUGUCAUUUUCACGGGAGUGCAAUGAUUCACCGCUGAGUGUAGAUAAUUUGACUGGUAGCACCUGUUCAAAAGCGUUAUCUUCAUCAUCACCUAAUCCAUUACCAACUGGUUCAAAGCCAAUUCCACAUACAUUUCUAAAGGAGAUCAUGGUUGAAUUAAAUGAAGAUUUUUGGAAAUUUCAACUAUUCGACAUUAUAUUGGAGAGAGGUUCAGAGGGUUUCGGUAUUUUCAUCGUUAAUUUGAGUCCAAACAAUGAACCCGGUGUAUUCGUCAGCGAAAUCCGUCCAAACAGCCCAGCACAACUACAAGGAGUUCUUAGACCUCAUGAUCGUAUACUAGCUAUUGAUGGUCAACUUCAAUGUGAUUAUGAAAGUACACUGGAAUUGUUGCAAAAAUCAAGAAAAUCUGUACGCCUAACCAUCGGUAGACAAAUACCUUGUCACAGUGACUCACAACAAAUGCUACAAUUUGGAUAUGUAACUACAACAGGGGAUAAUCCAGACUAUGAUAUAAAGCAUCAUAAAUUAUCCAUUAUACCUGGGAUUCCUGCUACAGUUACUCUGUACAAGGCUGACGGAGGUCUCGGAUUCUCCAUUGUCGGUGGAAGUGACACAGUUUUGAGUAACAUUUUGGUCCAUGAAGUACACUCUGGUGGUGCUGCUGCACGUGAUGGUCGGCUUCAAGUUGGUGACCGCUUAUUAGCUGUCAAUGGGAUCGAUCUUCGUGAAGCUACCCAAAAAGAUGCCACAAAGAUUAUACGAACAGCUGAUGACUGUAUCCAAUUGGUUGUGUACAGAGAUCCUGAACCACAAUAUAUAAAUCAAGGUGUAUUCGAAUGUCAUAAUGUUCACUUGAAACGUGAUAUGCCUGGACAAAGUUUUGGUCUGUCAUUGAUUGGCCGACCUCAUUAUUCGACUGGUACAGCUAUUGGAGGCAUUAUAGAGAAUAGUCCAGCUGCUCGUUCAAAUCUUUUGGAAGUUGGUGAUAUAAUCUUAGAAAUUAAUGGUUGGGAUAUGCGUUUGGCUAAAUCAGAUGAAGUAGUCAAUUUAUUAAAGAAUGCACAUAGCGACGUGAAAUUAUUGAUUGGACGUUACAAAACUGGGCCAUCAAUGCAUGCCUAUCCUCGAAAUCGAUUAAAUGUCUAUGUGGUUGUACUUGAACGUCGUCAAUUUGGCUUUUGUAAUGAUCGUCCUCAGGCGGGAAAACCUUAUUCUAAUGAUCCUGAUAUUCUUGUUGAUUCUGUCUGUCAAAAAACUGAUGAAAAUGAAUUACACGAUUUAAAAUCAUCAACUAACUGUGUUGCCGUAAACAGCGAUCAGAAGAUUAGUGGUGAUGACGGUAAUAAUAACAAUGAUGAAAUUGCUUCAGCUGCAUUUGGUUUGCGUAUUCGUUAUGCGAGUUCACAAGAAUUAUGGGACUCACACAUUCGACUAGUCGUAGAUAGUAUUCAACAUGACAGUCCAGCAGAUCGAUUAGGAAUGAUAAUGCCGGGUGAUCGCCUGUUAAGUAUAGAUCGUGAACCGGUAGAUUGGUUGAACCCAACCGAAGUGGUCCAGCUAUUAGCUAAUCUACUGUAUUGUACAAUUGAAUUAGGUCGUUUACCGUACUUCAACGCACCAUUAUCUGCUAACAAUAAUGCUAUAUCAGAUAAGUGCUUUAAGCCUUCUCCACCACCGGUCACUUCGUCAUUAUCUCCAUCUCAUCGAAUUCAACAAGAUGAACAUGAUAUGUUCCCACCUUAUCCACCUCCGUCACUAGAACUACCGACAUUAUUUGGUGGUAUUAUGCCAUGUAUUGAAACACCAAGCUUUUUAAGAGAUAUGUGCACUUUGCCUGAACUACAAGAUGAAGAUGAUGAAAGUAAGAAUAAUAAAAUUAGAUUUGGACAUCGUGAGAAUGAUAAUCAUUAUCGGUUACCUGAAUCUACUUAUUGUGCAAUUAAUUCAAGCAAUCAACAAGACCAAAUUGAUUCAAUGUUGAAUAUGACACCUUUAAAUGAAGAUGAAAUUGAAAAGGCUUUAGAAUUAGCUGGAAGAGGUAGUGGAGGAUUUUUUGUACGACAGAUUUAUUUACCAGCUGCACCAGUUAAUACUAACAAUAACACCAAUUCUAGUCAUAUAUCAAAUAUUCAUUUAGGUUUACGUUUAGUUAGUGGCCCGGGUGUUAGUGGACCAGUUGUUGUUCGUAUUGAGCCGAAUUCAUGUGCUUCUAGAACCGAUAUUCAGAUUGGUGAUCGUAUUCUGGGUCUAGAUGAUAAACUGUUACUUUCUUUACGUCAAGAUAAUCAUUCUGCUGAUGAUAUACUAUGUACAAUUGAAAAUGAUUGGAUUACACGUUCAAUAAAUUCUCAGUUGACUUACGAACAAAAUCCCUGUUGUUUAACAAUUAUUAGUUAUCAUAGUUUACCAUUGUUCAGUUCACUUAGUAAACAAGAAAAUGAUUCUAAAAUUGAAGAAAAGAAUUCAAAUAAAAACCUAGAAAAUAAUGCGCAACUUACUAUAUCUUUAACAAAUUUACAUCUAACUAAUGGUAAUACUUCUAAUUGUCAACAUAGCAUUAGUAGUAUUGAUAUGGGAAAUCCGAAAAAUCACGUGGUAUCUGAUACUACUACUCCUUUACCAUUCGAAUCCAAAUCACCCAUAGUGAGUAAAUUCCAACAAAAUGGAGGAGUUGGGCACCCUCAUUCAGAUGAGGAGCUACAUCCAAAUUCACCAUCAUUACAUAAUCACCGCUAUGAAUUGUCUCUUGAACCAAGCGAUGAUGUCAUACAUCGCUUGCCGAAUAAAAAUCUGUUUGUAGAUGAUGCGAUCCACGUGAUAUGUGAAAAUGCUAGUACUACUACCAACAAAAAUAAUGGACAACAUUCAUCAUGUGUUGAAUCGGUAUCAUCACUUUCAACACCGCGACUUGACGAUGAUGGCGUUAUGUGCAAUCGUCCAUUGAUGAACAUAAAUCGUAAAUUUUCUAUUCAGAAUAAUCAACAUGUCUAUAAUAACAAUGGGAUUAUGAAUAACAAAGCAUGCCUUUAA